GGUCCAGUAAGUUUUUAUGGCAAUGAGGUUUUUACAGAUCCAGUUCAUUUGCAAUAAUGCUUUGGAUGCAACCUGCGUGUUUUCUCUCACUGAUUUUUUCUGCCCACAUAGCAGCUGUAUCGAUUAACCACCUUUUGAAUGGACAUGAUCAUGAUACAGAUGUUGGUGAACAGAAGGAUGUUUCAGAAAUCAACUUCGCUGCAGGCCUGAACCUCUUUCAAGGGGACAUCCUUCUGCCUAGAACCAGGAAUGCCCUGCGAAAUCCGACAAGCAGAUGGAAGUUCCCCAUUCCAUACAUCCUGGCUGACAACCUGGAUCUGAACGCCAAAGGAGCCAUCCUCCAUGCCUUUGAGAUGUUCCGCCUCAAGUCUUGUGUGGAUUUCAAACCCUAUGAAGGGGAGAGCUCGUAUAUCAUCUUCCAGAAACUUUCUGGGUGCUGGUCUAUGGUUGGUGAUCAACAGGUGGGACAGAACAUUUCCAUUGGUGAUAGAUGUGACUUUAAGGGCAUCAUUGAACAUGAAAUCCUGCAUGCUCUGGGAUUCUUCCAUGAGCAGUCGAGGACUGACCGCGAUGAUUAUGUGAACAUUUGGUGGGAUCAGAUCAUUGCAGACUAUGAACAUAAUUUCAACACAUAUGACGACAACGCCAUCACAGACCUCAACACACCCUAUGAUUACGAGUCCGUGAUGCACUACGGGCCAUUUUCGUUUAACAAGAACGAAAGCAUCCCUACCAUCACUGCCAAGAUCCCGGAGUUUAACACCGUCAUUGGCCAGCGCCUGGAUUUCAGUGCCAUUGAUCUAAUGAAACUGAAUCGGAUGUACAACUGCACCACAACACAUACCCUGUUGGACCAAUGUGACUUUGAGAAGAUCAACAUCUGUGGAAUGAUCCAGGCAACCAGAGAUGAUGCUGACUGGGCUCGUGGGGACAGCAGUCAGCCUGGACAAGUGGAUCACACCUUGGUGGGACAGUGUAAAGGUGCCGGCUACUUCAUGUUCUUCAAUACCAGCUCGGGGGUAAGAGGAGAGGCAGCCCUUCUGGAGUCUCGGACCCUUUACCCCAAGAGGAAGCAGCAGUGUUUGCAGUUUUUUUAUAAGAUGACAGGAAGCCCUGCAGACAGAUUUGAAGUCUGGGUGAGAAGGGACGACAACUCGGGCAAGGUGCGACAGCUGGCCAAGAUCCAGACCUUUCAAGGAGACUCUGAUCACAACUGGAAAAUUGCUCACGUAACACUCAACGAAGAAAAGAAAUUUCGCUAUGUUUUCCUGGGUACCAAAGGUGACCCUGGUAACUCAGGUGGCGGUCUUUACCUUGAUGACAUCACUCUGGCAGAGACCCCCUGCCCUGCAGGGGUUUGGACCAUCCGGAAUAUCUCCCAGGUCCUCGAGAACACAGUGAAAGGGGACAAGCUCGUGAGCCCUCGGUUCUACAAUUCUGAGGGUUAUGGUGUGGGGGUGACCUUGUACCCCAAUGGUAGAAUCACCAGUAACUCUGGCUACCUGGGACUCGCUUUUCACUUGUACAGUGGGGAUAAUGAUGCGAUUCUGGAGUGGCCAGUGGAAAACAGACAGGCCAUAAUGACCAUACUGGACCAGGAACCUGAUGCCAGGAACAGGAUGUCCCUGAGCUUGAUGUUCACUACCUCCAAGGACCAAAUAUCUUCACCUAUAAAUGGCUCUGUCAUCUGGGACAGGCCAUCCAAGGUGGGAGUCUAUGAUAAGGACUGUGAUUGUUUUAGAAGCAUUGACUGGGGCUGGGGUCAGGCCAUCUCCCACCAGCUGCUGAUGAGAAGAAAUUUUCUUAAAGACGACAGCCUCAUCAUCUUCGUGGACUUUAAAGACCUCACCCACCUGAACCGGACUGAAGUGCCCACUUCAACCCGCAGCAUGAUGUCCCGAGGCCUCCUCCUGGAAGGCCAGGAGUCUCCUGCCUUGGGAGAAAGCUCUAGGAAAGCCAUGCUGGAAGAAUCCCUGCCAAGCAGCCUGGACCAGAGACACCCCAGCAGACAGAAGCGCUCGGUGGAGAACACUGGCCCCAUGGAGGACCACAACUGGCCACAGUACUUCAGAGACCCCUGUGACCCAAACCCUUGCCAGAAUGAAGGCACCUGUGUGAACAUCAAGGGAAUGGCCAGCUGCAGGUGUGUCUCUGGGCAGGCCUUCUUCUACGCUGGGGAGCGCUGUCAGGCCAUGCAUGUACAUGGCAGCUUGCUGGGCCUGCUCAUUGGCUGCAUCGCUGGCUUGAUCUUCUUGACUUUUGCCACAUUCUUCAACACUUACCGAAAGCUGCAGGAGCGAGCAGCUUCCCACGGAUGUCCAGCCAGACUUUCCCUUCCUGUGGUCAGAACACUUGGGGAGUAGUUUUCACCAAACAUGUUGAGAGGGCCUCCAAAACCAAAACCCCAAACCUCCUGUGGGGCUCCGGCCACUCCAUCCCUGUAUGGUUCUGCUAUCCUUCUGUGAAUUCCUGGCGAAUCCACUGCGUCCUGACAAGAGUCAUCACAUUUCAUUAUAAACGCCUUGUUUACUUCUCCCCUUAAAUCACAAAGUCUAGUUGGGUAGGGGCACGAGUCACCCUCAGCCAUGACACUGACCCCAGUGCUAGAAGUGUGACUGACUGGUGUAUUGUGGGUACGCAGUAAGCAUUAAAUGAAUGAACCAAUAAGCGAGUCUUUUGUUUCUACUUUGUAUCAUGAAACAUAUGAUUAAGUCUAUAUGUAUGUGUGUUAGAACUGAAUACUCAGUUUUGAUCAGAUGCAGGUAGUAUCUUGUGAAAUCAUCUCACAGAUUCCUCUGGUCAGCUGGGUUUCCACGUCAUGGACUUUUUUUUCUUGCUCUGGUUUUAAGGAAAAAGCUUAAUAAAACCACUAAAGAUGCAA